AUGGGCCCCCGUACCGACUCCUCAUGCUGCUGCCAGGCCCAUAAUCUGUCAUGGGCCCCUGUACCGCCUCCUCACGCUGCUGCCAGGCCCGUAAUCUGCCAUGGGCCCCCGUACCAACUCCUCAUGCUGCUGCCAGGCCCGUAAUCUGUCAUGGGCCCCUGUACCGCCUCCUCAUGCUGCUGCCAGGUCCAGAGUGUGUCAUGGGUCCCUGUACGGCCUCCCAUUGCUGCUGUCUCCAUCGCCACACUCUGCCAUGUGCCACUUUCAGGUCUCCUCACACUGCUGGUGGGUUCCAUUUUGUCAUAGGGUGCUGGCAGAUUACGGGCCUCCCAUUGCUGCUGCCAGGCCCGUAAUCUGCCAUGGGCCCCCGUACCGACUCCUCAUGCUGCUGCCA